GGGUAGACCCUGAACAUGGCCACAGAAAGUUUUGCAGACUUCUUGAAUAAGCUCAAGGAAAUCCAUGAGAAAGAGGUUUUAGGACUGCAAACAAAGCUCACAGAGCUGACAACAGAGAAGCGUCGAGACGCCCAGAGAAUUGAAGAGUUAUUUGCUAAAAACCACCAGCUACGAGAACAGCAGAAGAUCCUUAAAGAAAAUGUGAAAGUGUUAGAAAACAGGUUGAGAGCAGGUCUCUGUGACAGAUGCAUGGUUGCCCAGGAGCUCGCCAAGAAGAAGCAGAAUGAGUAUGAGAACUCCCACUUCCAGAGUCUCCAGCACAUCUUCAUCCUCACUAAUGAAAUGAACAGGCUGAAGGAAGAAAAUAAAAACCUGAAGGAAGAACUGAAGAGGCUACGGAGCCUGGAUGACAGAACAAAGCACCAAAGACUCCUCCCCAGAGAAAGCAGCUCCAUCCCGGACUCACCUUUGGCUUUACUCUCCUCAGUAAGCCGGAAACCCAGCACAGACAAAGCGACUAGCAGAGAAGCAGAAGAAGGGUAUCAUGAACAGCCUGGCGAACAGCUGGGAGAAGAGACGUCUGCAGGACAGAGAUGUUCUCUGGGCAGUAGGAUUUCUCCAAGUGCUGUUCUCCAAGAAGCACAUGCUCUGGAAAUGACUUCCCAGAGGAUAGCUAACCAGCUGCACGGAACCAUCGCUUUGGUGAGACCUGGCUCCAGACUGUGCCUCCCUGAAAAAAUCUCGGCCAGGAGAGCAACGUCGCCAGCAGCAAGAAAAAACUCACUGUUCCUGGAGCGUGAGCGCAGCCCCAGCCAUGAGGCUUGCUUAAGAACAAACAAACCAGAUUCCCACAAAGCCACUUCGUCCUAUGGAACUCUACCGCUGACCACCAGGCAGGAGCACCUCUGCCUUCUUAACAACCAUUUCUCUCUGCCCCAGUUUGGACUCAGGAGUAACAGCGCUUCUGCAGAUAGGGACAAUAGCUUGCCAAGCCACUUGCUACAGGCCAGAGAGACUGAAGGCAGAACAAGGCUGCAGGAGGAAUGGGAAGAUCAGGCCGCCAUUUUAGAACUCCCUGGAGCUGUGGUGUACAUGCGGGACCAGCAUCUGGAGGAGAGGCUUCCGUUUCUUAAGCACAGAGAGAGGCUCCAGUAUCUCCUGGCACAGCAAGGAUUCAGGGCCAGGACAGAAGGCGACCAAAAUGCAACUCCGGUUCCAGCUGCUCCUGAGGAAAGGCCCCUUUCCCCGCAGCCGACCAUGGGGUGCAAAGAAGAGAGGUCAUACCUGGAGGAACCUGUAGAAGGGAAAGUUGUUUGGAUAAACAGGGACAACGUGGAGCAAAGGGAGAAGGCAGAGGCAGCAAGAGAAUGUCUCCUGGACGCACCUCUGGACCUGUCAGAUUAUGGCAGAAGGAAUGAAAACCUGAAACCUGCCAGCUGGCACAAAUCCCCCACACAGCGUGAGGCUGACAGUCCAAGUCCAAUCCGUACAGAAAGCCCCACUCUUCAGACAGGCCGGAGCUCCAGCGUGCUGCCAAGAGCAGAGCAUGAGAACUCCCACCUAGCCUGCAGCCAGCUCCCUGCGGCCAAACCCCUGCAAAUCGGCCACAAGACUGAGCAGUUCAGUGCCAAAGAGCAAGAGGCCCUUGCGGCACCUUUGGUCCCUUCCUCACAAGGACAGCCCGCGGGCAAGCUAACAUCGUGUGAUCCUGCAACAGAUUCAGAGAUCAGGGUGAGAGUGUAUCCUAGGGCACAGAAGCGAGAACCAGAUGCUCAAACAGAGGAAGACGAUGCAGAGUCUGUGAAGCAGGACUCGGAUGAGCCCGACACGUCGGACAGCGAGGUGGCUGCCACUUAUGAACAUGAAACCCAUCAAGAAGAACACGCAGAAGGAAAACAUUUGUGCACAGAGGACAAGGAUGAGGUCUUGCAAAAGAAAAGGAAAAGACGGCAGGAUCCAGGGACAAAAGCAUAUAAGAAGUCAGUGAGAGGAAGAAGGAAAAUCAAAGCUCCCCAAGCACCUGCUGAUGCAGCAGAAAUUACAAAGGAAAUGGAGCACAACAGCCCGGCUUGCGGCAAUGACGUCUUUGAGGAGAACUAACUGAAAAGUGCAACAGGAAGUAAUAUCCCAGACGGUGUGGACUGCGGGAAGAGGCUUGGACCGGGAGCCAGAGAACCCAGUGUUUGAACCCCAGCUCUGAUAGUGACUCCCUCCGCAACUUGGGCAAGUCACAUAACCGCUCUCCCCGCCCAUGAAAUGGGGAUAAAGACAUUUUGUUAGCUCGUGGAGGGUUCCAGGGGGACUAAUUCCCAACGACGUGGAAAGCACUUUGAAGAUCCUUAUGAAGUGCUAAGAGUUAUUGCUGGGUCUGAGGCAUGAAAACCUAGGCACACAGCUGAGAUCCGUGUAGCAUGGCAGUGGUGAACUCCAGAGGAGCCGGAGCAACCCAGCUGAGCUUCCACUGGUUUUACACAAGGCCUAGAGAACAAACAGCUCGGUGCUUUUCACUCUCUUAGAGCAGAACCUCACUGGAAAACAAGAGCUGGUGGUGCCUGUCCUUGAUGGCACCGUGCUGACUCAGCUGUGUAUCGCUGCUGGUGCCUCCGGGUCUGAUUCCCUUCUCCAGCGCACCAGUUCCACCCUGGUGUCACUCCCACACUGAGUCACUACCGGUUUAUGGCCUGAUGCUGCACCUUGCUGGAUCAGGCCCUUGUGCUGCUGCCUGCGAGAGAAUUAAGGCCUUAAAUGCAGCGCUGCUUUGGAGUGCUGGAGUCAGGGCAAGGAGCAGAGACUUUAGAGGACGCAAUGCCAUGGCAUUUCAUACAAGGAGAAGCACUUCAAGGGGGUAAUUACAAAGACAAGCUGAUGGGAACAGGGAUAAACACGUUAAACAUCCCAUUUGUGAGUUUCUGGCUGUAGGAUAAAAGAAGGUGACAAGCAGAACACGUUGCACAAUUAAAUGUGCUCAAGCCUGCUUUUCCCCACAUUUACAGCCUACAUUGAUUAAAUCGCUGCACAGGUUGACUAUAA